AUGCAACUCACGAUUGGUCUCCCGCUCCUUUUCGCCCUCGGCGCGCGCGUCUUCGUAAAUACCCUCAUCCCCGAUCCCACACACACACCCUCCACCCCCGACUUCCUCCUCAAUGGGCUCUUCCAGGGUGUCCUGGUGCAGAACACCCUUACCCAGCUGCCGCAAGUGGUUGUCGCCGUUGUCGUUGGUGUCGUAGCCAAGCUCGUCAUCGACUUCUUGCGACUCUCGGAUGUUAUGCAAACGGCAUGCACGGUCAUCGGUGUCGCCCUCGGAGUGCUCGUGACCGACCUUCUUGCCCAAUACGUGGACCCUGCGAUUGCUGCGCAGGUAGACACCGAACGCCCUCCUAUCCCAGUGACCGUUGGACACACGCGAGCACCGGAACCCUCCAAACGCAUCCGCCUCGUCUCCUUUGGUCGCGACCGCACGCGAUCCCAUCGACAUAACCAACCCUCCCACCGUGAACGCGAGGAGCACGACCGCCACCGUGAGCGGGAACGCGCCGACCGCGAGCGGGAACGUGCCGACCUCCAGCGCGAGCGCGAUCGCGUCGAGCGCCACGGCCGCCCUACGGACAUCCGACCCAUUACCCCAACCCUCACGUACUGCAGUACCGCGCCGUCGAUCUCCCUUGACUCUGUACCAUCCUCGCUCGAUCCAGAGGGGAAGCUCACGCCCCAGGAGCGCGACGUUGCAGUGCUCCGCGCGCGCGCGAGCCUCGCGGACUCGGAGCGGCGACGCUUUAAAGAGGAACGCAAGUGGGCAUUGAGCCAGGGAAACACCGCGCGCGCGAGCCAGCUUGCGUGGCAAGUCAAGCGCUACACUGCGCUCAUGGAGAGUUUCCAUCGCGAGGCGGACGCGAAGGUCGUCGAAGCGGCACGCGCGGCGGUCGCGCCCAUUGCACAGGCUGCUGGGGCGAACGGGACUUCGUCGAGGCGUCGAUCGCAAUCUCGACAGCGCAAGUCCAGCUUGACCACUGUUGACGGAGGCCCCCCGCUGGUUAGCGUGACCGUCGGCCCUCGCACGCGCAAGCGCAGCGGCGGCACUUCGACGCUCAAGCCGGCCAUCUUCGUCCAGGGCCGAGAGUGA